CUGGAAAACCUCCGCAAAUGGAAACAUGUCUUCCCGGUCCGACCCCACCCCCAGCCGGCCCUCCCUGCUCCGUGUGCCGUGUCGAGGGGCUUCCCUGCCCACCAGAAUAGUCAGCCUGGCUUUACAGUAUGGACACAUUUCCAACAGGCAGAACACAACUUGUCCAUUAUGGAUGGAUAUCAAGCGGAUUUGAUCGGGAAUAUAUAUAUUUUUGGGGAAAACAAGUAGGAUCAUCAAUUUUGUGAUAACAGUUUUAUCAGCUUGCUAGUAGAAUAUGCCUGCUUAGAUCGCCAGAAAAGCCGUAUGACAGUGCCACCCAGCCAAAAGAUUUGUCUUGUCCAGUCGGCCACUAGGAAACGUGAGGUUACUGUAGCUGCAUUAAAAUCUGAUUUUUCUCGUUGAAUGCGAUGACAACUCAAUAUGUAGCACAGUUAACUUACAGUGGAGACUCCAUGUCGAUUAAAACCCUACAACGUUUAGGCAAUUUAAUAAGAAUAAGGUAGCUAGUUAGGUGAUAAGAAAGUAUACAGACAACGGUAGCUAUUUUACUAGCUGCACUGCCUGUGGACCUUCUAUUGGAAAAUCACGGUUAGGUAAUUAUCUAGUUAAGUUCCUUGUCAAUAUCAACUAUUAAAGCUGGGAAGCAUUUGAAUCAUCCCGUCCUAUUUUAUUUGGAUUAUGUUGGAUUUGAUAGUCCGGGCGGAUGUAUUUGUUUAACAUUAGUUUACGGAGUUUUUGGAGAAACCGCCCGUCCCAAAUGACCCCACCAGCCAUGGCAGUCCUGUGCCCAAUGUCGGCGCUGUCACUGGGGCUGUACAUCAUCCUGCUUCUCAGUCCUGUUACUGGUGCACAGAGUGAGGAGCGUGAGUGUGCGUUCAACGACCAGCAGCAGCAGUAUGAGGAGCAGCGUGUGGGAGCCGGGGGAGCAGGAGGAGGAGGAAGAGACUGGCCUAUGACCAGAGAGAAUACUACAAUACGCUGCAGUAGGGGCUCUCGAUGCUAUGGAUUGUGGGAGAAGACUAGAGACGGAGAGAUACACCUGGUCAAACAGGGAUGCUGGACUCACAUCGGGGACCAGCAGGAGUGCCAUGACGACCGUUGCGUGGUUACCACCACUCCGUCUCAGAUCCAGAACGGGACGUAUAGGUUCUGCUGCUGCAGCACCAACAUGUGUAACGUCAACUUCACCGAGGACUUCCCCCCGCCCAGCCCCACCUCUGCACAGCUAUACCCGCGGCCGCUGUACCGCGAGGAGACCAUCGUGAUCGCCCUGGCGUCUGUCUCCAUAGUAGCGGUGCUGAUCGUGGCGCUGUUCUUCGGGUACCGCAUGCUGAGUGGAGACAGGAAACAGGGAUUACACAACAUGGACAUGAUGGAGGCCGCAGCCUCAGAACCCAGCCUCGACCUGGACAGCCUUAAACUACUAGAGUUGAUUGGUCGUGGGCGGUAUGGCUCAGUGUAUAAAGGUUCUUUAGACGAGCUUCCCGUGGCGGUCAAGGUGUUCACCUACCAGAACCGGCAUAACUUUGUCAACGAGCGAGCCAUCUACCGUGUCCCCCUGCUGGAGCACGAUAACAUUGCACGCUUCAUCGUAGGAGACGAGAGACUCACAGCCGAUGGACGCGUGGAGUACCUACUGGUCAUGGAAUAUUACCCUCAUGGUUCUCUGUGUCAGUACCUGAGUCUGCAGACAGGAGACUGGGUCAGCUGUUGUCGCCUCACACACUCUGUCACACGGGGGCUGGCCUACCUGCACACUGAGCUGCUGAGAGGAGACAUCUACAAGCCAGCCGUAUCUCACAGGGACCUAAACAGCAGGAAUGUUCUAGUAAAGAACGACGGGACGUGUGUGAUCAGUGACUUUGGUCUGUCCAUGAAGCUGACAGGGAACCGCCUGGUCAGGCCUGGAGAGGAGGAGAACGCUGCCAUCAGCGAGGUGGGUACAGUCCGCUACAUGGCCCCAGAGGUUCUGGAAGGGGCGGUGAACCUGAGGGACUGUGAGUCGGCUCUGAAGCAGGUGGACAUGUACGCCCUGGGCCUCAUCUACUGGGAGACCUUCAUGAGGUGUACUGACCUCUUCCCAGGAGAGGCGGUGCCCGACUACCAGAUGGCGUUCCAGGCCGAGGCAGGGAACCACCCCUCCUUUGAGGACAUGCAGGUCCUGGUCUCCAGAGAGAAAGAGAGACCCAAGUUCCCUGAGGCCUGGAAGGAGAACAGCCUGGCGGUACGUUCCCUAAAGGAGACCAUGGAGGACUGUUGGGACCAGGAUGCUGAGGCCAGGCUGACCGCUCAAUGUUCAGAGGAGCGCAUGGCUGAACUACUGCUGAUCUGGGACAGGACCAAGUCUGUCAGUCCUACGGUUAACCCUAUGACCACCACACUGCAGAACGAGAGGAACCUGUCCCACAGCCGCAGGGGUCCUAAAGUCAGCCCCUACCCCGACUACAUCGAGGACCACAGGGUGAAGAACCUCCCCGGUGGAGACGCCUCUAUGUCGUGGACCUCCUCCAUCGGCAUCCUAGGGGGAACCAACAGUGCCCCCGCUGGCCCAGAGAAGAACCGGAACUCCAUCAACGCGGAGCGUCAGCAGGCGCAGGCCCGUCUGCCCAGCCCGGAGAGCGCCAGCGUCUCCUCCACAUCGGGGUUCACUCCCAACACCAUCAUGACCUCCAUCUCUGAGUCAGGACACGUCUCCUCCAGCACACUAGGUGGUGCUGUGUUGGUGCCGGUGUAUCUGCAUCUGACCCAGGAGGACUUGGAGAGCACCAAACUGGACCCUAAAGAGGUUGACAAGAACCUGAAAGAGUCUUCUGAUGAGAACCUUAUGGAGCACAGCCAGAAACAGUUCUCUGCUCCAGACCCCCUCAGCUCUGGGUCUUCCUCCCUGCUCUACCCUCUCAUCAAGCUGGCUGCGGAGGUGACUGGGGUCGGGCCUGGGGCCCAGGGAGGGUCUGGGACCGGAGCCAGUGGGAUGGGGGACCCACCAGCUACUAUGUUUCCCCUGCCCAAACAGCAGAACCUCCCCAAGCGGCCUAGCAGCCUACCACUCAGCACCAAGGCCAAGCAGGGCCCUGGUUCCUCCAGGCUGAAGCAGGGCCCUGGUUCCUCCAGACUGAAGCAGGGCCCUAGUUCCUCCAGGCUGAAGCAGGUAGAAACGGGCGUGGCCAAGAUGAACACGGUCGCCCCGGCAGCAGAUGCACACCUGGUUACCGUCACCAACAAUGGAACAACCGGGGUUGGGGUGGAUGGGGUGUGGAGCGGGGUGGGCGUGUUGGUCGUCAAUGGCUAUCUGAACGGAGGUGUGGCCUCUUCAUCUGGAGGCGGGGCUCCGUACGGGAUGACCAAUCUGGCGGGCUUCCAGAGUGAGGUGGGCGGAGUAGCCCCGCUGUUACAGACCCAACUCAGCGGAGAGGACAGUCGACUCAACAUCAACUCCAGUCCUGAUGAACAUGAACCGCUGUUAAGGAGAGAGCAGCCCGCCCCAUGUGACCAGAGACCAACCAAUCACCUGGCGGGACGCACCAACAACAACACCAACAACAACAACAGUCUGGUGGUGGACCUGGCUAGCAGAGGGAUCACGUGUCCACCUGUAGAGGCACAGCCUGAGCCCUUUGCUUCUGCCCCCACCCCUAAACCUGAGGCUGCCCAGCUCCGACAGCCCAAACCCAGACGACCUGAGAGACCCUGCUCCCUGGAGCUCUCUGCUUCUUUCUCUUCACACAACAGCUCCUCAGGUGAUUGCUCGUCACUGGGUGACCGUGGAGGGUCAGGUGAGAAGAUCAAGCGCCGCGUCAAGACACCGUACUCCCUGAAGGGGUGGCGUCCCACCACCUGGGUGGUCUCCACGGAUACGCAGGUGGACAGCAACAACGACAAGGAUGCUGCCAAGGCUCCUCGCUCCAAGUCCUCCACUGCUGUCUACUUGGUGGGGGGUGGGACUACCACCGCUACCAUGUCUUCUGACCCCUGUGACCCUGGCAUUACCUGCCUGUGAACCCUGACCCCUGGGUGUGUGGCUAGAGGGAGUGGCCAGAUGAUAGGAAAGUGUGUUCAUAAGCGCCAGCUGAUAGCCAAAUAGCCAACAACUCAGUGACUCUCAUGCGGCCAGCUACUUCAGUGACUUUAACAAAUUAGGGUGGAUCAGAUGCCCUUCCCCCGCACCCCCCUGGGUACUUUAUUUAUUAUGCUGGCUACUUCCGAUUUUAAAAAACCCACGAGGAGGGUGUGGCCAGAGAAGGACUGUGUCUAUAGAAGGCUACAUUGAGGAGGGUGUGGCCAGAGAAGGACAGUGUCUAUAGAAGGCUACAUUGAGGAGGGUGUGGCCAGAGAAGGACAGUGUCUACAGAAGGCUACAUUGAGGAGGGUGUGGCCAGAGAAGGACUGUGUCUAUAGAAGGCUACAUUGAGGAGGGUGUGGCCAGAGAAGGACUGUGCCUACAGAAGGCUACAUUGAGGAGGGUGUGGCCAGAGAAGGACUGUGCCUACAGAAGGCUACAUUGAGGAGGGUGUGGCCAGAGAAGGACUGUGCCUACAGAAGGCUACAUUGAGGAGGGUGUGGCCAGAGAAGGACUGUGCCUACAGAAGGCUACAGCUGUGUCUCAAAUGGACCCUAUUCCCUAUAUAGUGCACUACCUUGGCCCAGAGCCCCAUGGCAGCAUGCUCUAGUAUUCUGAGUUUCCUGGUUACCAUUCUGUCAGGAGAAGAAAUUAUGUGAAAUGAAACAAAGAAAGAUAAUCAAUUAGCAAGAAAGAAGCAUUUCUAAAACGUUGCUUUAAACAGAACCUAGCUAUUCUAGAGCAACAUUGGCUGCAAGCUGCUUGCCUAUUGUCCUGUAGCCCAUCCCAGCCUUGUGCAGGUCUACAAUUUUAGCCCUGAUGUCCUUUACACAGCUGUCUGGUCUUGGCCAUUGUGGAGAGGUUGGA